AUCACUCUCUUUCUCUCUCCCUCUUCGAAUUUCGAAUCAAAAUUUCUUGUUUUCAAAAUUUGCAAAUCAAAAACAGAAGUGCUUUAGCUUUUAGAUUAUCAGUUCUUCUUUUAUGGAAAUUCUUUCGAGUCCGAUCAGUUUUUGUUCAAAGGAGAAUCAGAAGAUAUACCUGGAAUGGUUUAACUUCGCGGACUCAGAUAGUGAUGGCCGCAUCACGGGGAAUGAUGUGACCAAGUUCUUGGCUAUGUCCAAUUUAUCUCGACCGGAACUCAAGCAGGUGUGGGCAAUUGCUGAUUCCAAACGUCAAGGAUUCCUUGGUUUUAAUGAAUUUAUUAUUGCAAUGCAGCUAAUUGCAUUAGCACAAGCAGGGAAUGAAAUUAAACAAGAUAUUCUUCGCAAAGAAGUUGACCCAGAGAAUAUAGAACCUCCGGUUAUGGAAGGGUUGGAUGUGUUACUAGCUAAAAGUAGGCAUUCACCCAAAAAAGCAGAGCUUGAAGUAUAUGUAGGCGUUCCACCGCAACCAUCACAGACGGCUCAUUGGUUUAAUUCAAAAUAUUCCAAAAAGGUUCCUUUAAGUGCUGUUACAUCAAUAACUGAUGGCUUGAAGCGGUUGUAUGUUGAAAAGCUGAAGCCAUUGGAGGUUACAUAUAGGUUUUCUGAUUUUGUAUCUCCUUUGUUGACAAAUAGUGAUUUUGAUGCUAAGCCCAUGGUCAUGCUUUUGGGUCAAUAUUCCACUGGAAAAACCACAUUUAUAAAGCAUUUGCUCAAAAGUAGUUAUCCAGGAGCUCACAUUGGGCCUGAGCCUACAACCGACAGAUUUGUUGUUGUUAUGUCAGGUCCUGAUGAAAGAACUAUUCCGGGUAACACUGUUGCUGUUCAAGCAGAUAUGCCAUUUAGUGGUCUCACAACAUUUGGAACCGCAUUCUUAUCAAAAUUGCAAUGUUCCCAAAUGCCACAUCCACUACUAGAUCACAUUACAUUUGUGGAUACCCCGGGAGUUCUGUCUGGAGAAAAGCAAAGAACACAACGCAGUUAUGAUUUUACUGGUGUUACAUCAUGGUUUGCUUCCAAGUGUGACCUGAUUCUUCUUUUAUUCGAUCCCCAUAAGCUCGACAUCAGUGAUGAGUUCAAGCGUGUAAUUGGAUCUCUACGUGGCCAUGAUGACAAGAUACGUGUGGUUUUAAACAAGGCAGAUCAAGUUGAUACUCAACAACUAAUGAGAGUUUAUGGUGCGUUGAUGUGGUCAUUGGGUAAAGUUUUGAAUACUCCUGAGGUCAUGCGUGUUUAUAUAGGCUCAUUCAAUGACAAACCAAUUAAUGAAGCAGUUGCUGGUCCAACCGGUACAGAACUUUUUGAGAAAGAACAGGAUGACCUUCUCUCGGACUUGAAAGAUAUUCCGAAGAAGUCUUGUGAUCGCCGGAUCAAUGAAUUUGUAAAACGUGCGAGAGCUGUUAAAAUUCAUGCCUACAUAAUCAGCCAUCUUAAAAAGGAAAUGCCUGCAAUGAUGGGCAAAGCCAAGGCCCAACAGAAACUAAUCGAUCGUCUCGAAGAUGAAUUUGGAAAGGUCCAAAGAGGGUUUCAUCUACCAGCUGGAGAUUUCCCAAGUGUUGAGCAAUUCAGGGAGGCCUUGAGUGGUUAUAAUAUCGAUAAGUUUGAGAAAUUGAAGCCUAAGAUGAUUCAAGCCGUUGACGAUAUGCUGGCCUAUGACAUUCCAGACCUCCUCAAAAACUUUAGAAACCCCUAUAGCUGAGUAAUUUUUGUUAAAACGGAU